AUUUUUCCACAAGCAAUUGCAAACUAUUAAAAAUUUCCUCCGCAAUGAAGUUAUUAAUCUGCACACUACUGUUUCUCAUCAUCACCAAUGUUACAUCCCACGAUGUUUAUAUUGUUUACAUGGGCGGCAAGGGUACAUCAAAAUCUGGAAGUUUGAGAGAGGAUCAAGCCCGGCUCAUCAACUCGGUACAAAACAGAACGGCGCUGCUGCAUGUAUACAAGCAUGGGUUCACCGGAUUUGCUGUCCAUGCUUCAGAAGAGGAAGCCAAACUUCUAGCUGCACAACCAGGAGUCCUGUCGGUCUUUCGUGACAAGACGGUUCCACUCCACACGACAAGGUCCUGGACCUUUCUUGAGCAUCAGCAUGAUUCACUCUCCGCGACAUCCCACUCCGGUUCCACUGCCAAUGGAUCUGAUAUAAUCAUUGGUGUAAUUGAUUCAGGUAUUUGGCCAGAAUCUAAGAGCUUUGCAGACGAAGGUAUGGGUCCAGUUCCGGAACGAUGGAGAGGAACCUGUGAAGAAACCAAGGAUUUCCCUGCUUCUAGCUGCAAUAGGAAAAUAAUUGGAGCAAGAAACUUUGACAAACUCAACCAGACAUGCAGAGAUUUUUUUGGACAUGGCAGCCACACCGCGUCAACGGCAGCUGGAGCAGCUGUUUUUGGAGUUUCCUAUUAUGGCUUAGCUGCCGGAACAGCCAUUGGUGGUUCACCAAAUUCCAGAAUAGCAGUUUACAGAGCAUGCGGUCAACCUUUGGGUUGCUAUGGAUCAGCAAUUCUAGCAGCAAUGGAUGCAGCAAUCCAUGAUGGGGUCGAUAUAAUGUCUCUAUCGCUUGGAGAAGCGGAUACUGAUAUUCGGAUUGACCCAGUGGCCAUAGGUGGAUUUCAUGCUAUUGAACAUGGAAUUAUGGUUGUUUGCUCUGCUGGGAAUUUAGGGCCAACAAAUUCAAGUGUAGUGAAUUCUGCACCUUGGCUAACAACGGUUGGGGCUUCCAGCAUUGACCGACAAUUCGUUGCCAGUGUUGUGUUGGGUAAUAAUCAAGUUAUCAAGGGUUCAGCCAUUCAGUUUUCUCAUUUAUGUGAAUCUCCAAUAUAUCCACUGAUAGAUGGUGUAUUGGCCAAGAUCAACGGAUCUAAAGACAGUGCAUCAAGGAAUUGUGAAUCAGGUUCUAUAGAUUUUAGCAAGAUUAAAGGAAAAAUACUUGUUUGUUUCGACCAAGACAAAGGAGGAUCUUUUAAGGCACUUGAAAUAAUUGACAAGGGUGGAAUCGGGGUUAUAUUCAUUAGUGAUGAUAUGAAUAUUGCACCUAGCAACGAUUAUCUUAAUGUCACUCAUCCAAUUAGCGCGGUGGGCUUUGAGGAUGGGUAUGAGAUUCUGUCAUAUAUGCAUGCAUACAGGAAUCCGACGGCCACAAUUCUGAAGUCGGAAACAAUGUUAAGUUACAAACCAGCACCGAUCAUUGCUGAUUUCUCAUCCAGAGGCCCCCAAGCUUUAGCUCCUAAUAUUCUCAAGCCAGAUAUUACUGCACCAGGAGUGAACAUUAUUGCAGCAUGGAGCAAAGUGGAGUCUGAUAGUGCAAUCCCCGGAAAAGAGUUGCCAGAUUAUAUUUUUGCAUCUGGUACUUCAAUGUCUUGCCCGCAUAUCUCCGGAGUAGCUGCCUUAGUCAAGUCACAACAUCCCACUUGGGAUCAUUCAGCCAUCAGAUCAGCGAUUAUGACUACAGCGGUUCAAAAAAAUAGUGUUGGAGCUCCGAUCAGAAAACUGCCAGGAUUGCAGAAAGCUACACCAUAUGAUUUUGGAGCAGGGGAAGUUAACACAGCUCAAGUAACAAAUCCAGGCCUAGUGUACGAGACGACUGCCAUAGAUUACUAUAAUUUUCUUUGCAACUAUGGAUAUAAUCUGUCAACAAUCAGGCUUAUUGCAAAAGAUAUUCCGAGGGGAUUUUCUUGUCCAAAAGAUGCAGAUGCAGAUUUGAUCUCCAAUAUGAAUUAUCCAUCAAUAGCAGUCUCGAAAUUUAAACAUGGUACAAAGAGGAUGGUUACGAGGACUGUUACAAAUGUCGGUGAUGAAGAGGAUACAGUUUAUACUGUAACAGUUGAUCCUCCUGCUUCUAGAUAUCUGAAAGUUCAAGUGAUGCCAAAGAAGUUGCACUUCACAAAAGAGAAUAAAAAGCAUAGUUUUAAGGUGAUAUUCUCAACAGACUACCCAUAUGAGAGUCCUGUGUUUGGUUGGAUCACUUGGAGCAAUGAUCAGUACAGAGUACGUAGUCCGUUUGUAUUAAACAUCAACUAAGAAGUUAUGAAUAUUAAUAUUUAUCCUUUGAUGUAAUCUUCAUUCUGCUUUGUUACACCAACUUGCUGACUAUUAACCGAUCCUUAAUCUUGUUC